AUGCUGAGAUCGGGGACGAGUGGAUCGAUCACGCCGCUUUCGGUACGCAGUCCGGGUACUAGCAGGAAGAACAGCGAUAGUAAUUCUGCAAAUCUUGAGGAUGGCGGUUCCGCAUCACCCACCAACAUAAGCAGUCCUCGCAGCGAAGAACAGACAACCGACGUCGAGCAGCCCGCAUCGUCAACCUUACCGGCAGCAGAGACAGGAAAGCUUACUCAGCAAACCAAAGGCCCACCGAUCCGACCCGCCAACACAGCUGGCAGCACAACACGGUCCGAUGGUCCGCUGCUGUCUAUUGGUGCAGCGUCGACCACAGACGACAUGUUUCGGACGCCUUCGCAGAUGAGCAUCUCCUCCGAUGCCGACGGCUACUUCACAGCACGUCCCGGCUCACCUGUCGAAUCCAACGACCUGCUAUCCAUCUCUAUGCUACGGUCUCACUCUGCCAAGACACGUGGCGCCUUGCGUCGCGAAAGAGUCUCCUGGAGCGGUCGCUCGUACGUCAGCUGUGCAUCCGACCAUGUCGAAUCCGACCUCGCCGCAGCAACGUCUGCCUCGCUUUCCAUCGACGACGAAGCGUGCUACGUCGACGGAGACUUGCAUUCCCCAUCCCGCUACUCGACAAAGGGCAAAACCGUCGACCGACAAGACAUCUCUGGAGGCGUCGACUUCCUCUCGCUCCUCCCGCCGGAGCUUUCGCUGUGCAUCGUGUUCAUGCUCGAAUCGCACACCGAUCUGCUGUGCGCCUCUCUGGUCUGCAAGAGAUGGAGGGCGCUGGCGAUGGAUCAAUCGGUUUGGAGACACCUGUUCUUCUCGCAACCAGGCUGGGCGAUACGAGAGGAUGCACCGCUGGUCGUGCAGCAUCAGGCCGAGCUGCAACGUACCGAAGCGAGAGCGAAACGAACGGCGGCGAAGGAGGAAGCGGACCGAUUGCGACGGCUGCAGGAACAGAGGAAGGCAGCGUCCACUUCGAGUCCGUACCUCGAUCGGUUGGCGGCGCUGAAGAGUUGGAGGGAGACACUGCACAUUCCGUCGUUCCCGCAUUUGGCGGGGUUGAGUUUGACGAACACGUCCGGGGAGCGCGAAGUGGACGUAGAUACGGGUAGGGCUGUUGCUGCGAUGAGUCCGCUUCGCUCGCCUACUGCGGCAACAGGCCGGUUCGGGCUGUUUCUUAGCCCGGCGAGAGGUGCUCCGUCUACACCGGCGGGCGCCAGACGUGCCCAAGAGGCGGCAGCCAACUCGUCCUACUUCGGCUCAUACGAUGGAAGCCACACCCCGCUGUCGAGACAAGGCAGUGUAGGGUCGAUCAGCAUGUCGAGGCGUCCCUCGGCAGAUUCGUUGCACUUCGCAGAGGUGGCCGAGGCGGAGGAAUUCUUCGCAGCGAGUUUGGAUUGGACCAGAUUGUACAAGGACAGAUACGUGUUGGAGCAGAGGUGGAUGAGGCCGACUUUGAAGAAAACGGAGGUGGAUGCGGCGGGGAUUAGUCGUCAGAGAGGGGGAGGGGAGAUGGCAAGAACGAUUUCUGCUUCUUCGACGACGAGCGAGACCAGCGGACCACCGACUCCUGGAGCAGCUGGUGUUGCUCGCGGUGCGAUCCGGGACAGGAAGUGGUUCGAACCGACAAAGCGAUUCCUGCGAGGACAUCAGGAUUCGGUGUACUGCAUCCGACAAGAUGACGGUGUAGGAACGGGAACAGCUGGCAAGCUCGUUUCCGGAUCCAGAGACAGAACCAUCCGCGUGUGGGACGUCGAGACGGGUGCUUGCAAGCACAUCCUCAAAGGUCACACUGCAUCGGUGCUGUCUCUGCAGUACGACGAUCAGAUCCUCGUAUCUGUCUCUUCGGACGGUCAGGUGUUUGUCUGGAAUUUCGCCAGCAUCUUGGCCACUCAAAAGCCGUCGACGCCGACUACGGAAUCUCCGACACCCUCGAACGUCGAUGCGGAGUGCGGUGCUCUCGUGCACGACAAAUCCGACCGCGUCCUGUGCGUUCUACGCGAUCACACCUCCGCCGUGCUCGACAUCGUCUUUGACGCAAACUGGAUCGUCACCGGUUCCAAAGACGCCACCGUCCGAGUAUGGCGUCGCUCCGACCUGUCUUCGUCCACACCACCUGUCGCGUGGAGAAAGUUCUCGCACACCGGCCCCGUGAACGCCGUCGACCUGCGAGGAAACCGAAUCGUCUCCGCUUCGGGAGAAGGAUCGAUGUACCUCUGGGAUCUCGAGUCCGGCGAGAAGCUGCAUACGUUCAACGGACACUCGAAGGGACUGGCGUGCAUCGUGUUUAGGGGCACCACGUUGGUCAGCGGCAGCAACGAUCAGACGAUCAGGGUGUGGGAUACAAAGACGGGCGAGUGCACGCACGUGUUGGGCGAACAUCACAUGUUGGUCCGGACGGUGGCGUUCGAUGAGCAGCGGCGGUUGGUGGUUAGUGGUGGGUAUGAUCGUUUGAUCAAGGUUUGGAGGUUGGAUGAGGGGGUGGAGCACAAGAUGGACGUGGAACAGGGAGUGGAUCAGACGCCGGCGGAGGAGGGUGGAGAGGAGCGGGACGGGGAGGGGGAGACGAGGAAAACGGGGCCAGCGGUGGGGAGGUGCUUGAGAGACAUCCGCUGUCAUCGUGCGAGGAUCUUUGAUGUGGAUUUCAACCUGACCAGGAUCGUCUCUGCCAGCGAGGAUCAUCUGAUCUGCAUCACGAGUUUCGGUGGACAGGGGUUAGAGACGAGCUUGUUUGCCUAG